CGUUUUUUCGACGCCAUAUUAGCUGCUAUCCAUGCCUCGACACUCGUGUACCGAGGCCUGGGCAAAUCCGUUCGAAAAUUGACUCGUAUCAAGUCGUGAAAAAUCCACAUGGAACGUGCCUGUAUUAAAAAGCAUUCAAUAUCAAAUCUAUCCUUAAAGUAGUAUUUUUCACACUGUGUGAAAUCAACUAUUUGUAUCUGACCAUUGACUAGAUAAAGGAUAGUACUUUAUCUUCAAAAUAUUCACUAUUUAGUGACAUCGUUUUAAAAAGAAAACUACAUAAUUAUUUAACAGUGAGUGAUCGCAACAUUUUGACAGAUGCCAAGCGUUAAGGAUGAAUCUGAGGCAGAAGGAGAAGAAAUGUCUCACGACAGCAAUGAAAGUAAUCAAAGCUCCGCGUCGUGUGACAGUAGUGCAGAACAUAGCGACAGUGAUGAUUCUUCGGAAAUGGAUGAGGAUGAAUGUGAAAGGCGACGUAACGAAUGCAUGGAAAACUUAGUAGAUUUAGAAAGACAAUUUACGCUUCUCAAAGAACAGCUUUACCGUGAAAGAAUUACACAAGUAGAUACAAAAUUGGGGGAAGUUCGAGUUGGAAAAUCUGAAGAAUAUUUAGUACCAUUGGAACGUCUAAAAGAAAAUAUGAAGACCAAAACAGAAGUAGCUGGAAUAUUAAAACAAUAUAGACUACAAAAUAUCCAAAAUAAAUUCUUAGCGGAGGAACAAGCUGCAUUACAGAAUUUUGAAAGUGAAAAAGAAUUAAUUUGGGAUUGCAUCCAUAAUGAUUUACAAGAAAAAAUACGUAGACUAGAAGAAGAUAGGAAUAAUGUUGAUAUUCAUGCAGAUCUGUGGUUAAAUUCUAAUGGUAGAAGGCGCAGAAACCACACUGAAAGAAGAAGAGCUGUUUCAGUUGCUGGACCUUAUAUCGUUUACAUGCUUAAUGAUGCGGACAUCCUUGAAGAUUGGGCGUUGAUAAAGAAAAGUCUAAGUAGUCGAAAAACUGAAAUAAUAUAAUACUACGUAUACAGUUAAAUAGACGCAAUUUUUUAAAAUAUUACAAUCUUGAUAAUGUUAAUGUGUCGCCCUUUUAGAAGUAUAAGGUGUAUAAAACAUUUUAAAACAUUCAUUUUAGAAUACUGGCACUUCCUUUACAUUUGUAACAUAUAUAGAGUGCCUUCUGUAAAACACUUUGAUCUCUGUACAACUAUUUUAAUUGAUAGAGUAAUGAUGUAAAUGAACCGACGGAAUUUGAUAACAAAGAUAUCUAUGCCUUUGAAAACGUAA